CUAUGAGUGAGUUUACUGCACAUGUCGAAAUAAAAUCUGUCACAAAGAAGCUGCAAUGGGAAUUCACGUAUUCAGAUUUUAUGCAAAGUUUGUGUUAGUUGGGACUGAUAAAUAAUGGAUAGUCUGCUUGUACAAAAAAAAAAAAGGCCAGUAUAAAAUAUUUUUGCUACAGUGUAGGCUUGUCCUGGUUUUCAAAAGAGCCACACAAAUCCGUUUCAGACAAAAUAUCCUCUUAAAAUUGUUGCUUCCUAAAUCAAUGCCUUGAUUUAUGAAGAAUAUGGCACCGGGCCUAAGCCUACAGGAUAGAGAUAAAGCUGUAAUGCCAUGUAGGAAUUGGAUGCACUUUAAGCUGACUAGCCUCUUAUGCAUAGACUAUAGGCCUAUAUGAGAAGUUGAGAUAAAGCGUGUCAGUCAUUUUUAGAACAGAUUUAGAUAUUGAAUGAAUAUAAUGUAAUGUAAUGUAAUAAUAACACGGGUAAAACCAAUUAAUAAAAAAUAAAUAAAACAGCCCAAUACAGUUAAAUACAUUCAUUUAGUUUUUAGUGUAUUAUAAGUCAGUGAACGUUCAGUGCAAUUAAAAAAACAAUCAGUAUUUAUUUGUAUAGCACCUGUCAGGUUAGUGCAGUCAGUAGUUUACAGCUGUUGGAAACCACGAUCAUGGACAAAUUUACAUGAAAAUAGAAUAGAAAUACUUAAACCAACAAAAUACAUAAAAAUAAUUGAAAAAUAAAAUAAAGAUCCAUUGUAAGAUCUCCUAUAACACCUUAUAUUUUCUGUUUAUUUCAGCAGCAAACUCAACCUCAUACACUGAAACGUUUUACACUCAUCUGAACCGGUUUAAAUGAAGUACCAGUUGGUCUCAGGUGUGCGGUCACCGCUUAUUAUAAAACCACCGAGGCGCAUCGCAGCCAAUCAAAGCCGAGAACCAGAAAAUCAAUUUUUAUAAGCGUCAGGUGACUGUAACAACCACGAGAUGGCGCUGGUGCACUGUGCUCCUGAGGCCACCGGUCCCUGGGUACGGUGCUCUCUCUGCGGCCCCCGAUGGAGCCAGCCACAUUACAAACUCCAGAUAAGUGGCGCACCGUCCUCCUCCUCCUCCCCAUCUUUCGCCCAGAGUGAACCCAGGCGCACGGAGCGCAUCCUCACCGUGCUCGCCUUGUGGGAAUUAGAAAGCAUCUCUGUUUGGCUGUCAGCGCCAAAACCGACUGAGCUCUGCUGUGUAGAGGGAUUGAGGGGAAACAUAAUACACAAAGAGAGUGAGGAGUGGGAGAUGGGUCCGGAGGCGGUGAGGUAUCCGUGAUUGUCAAGUAAAACGGCGGUGAAGUUCUUCGGCUCCACUCGGAUCUUUUCUCCAGGUCGUUGAGUGUGUGAUUGUGUGUUCAGCAUGAGUAACAUCUACGAGUCUGCGGAGGCCACGCUGGGCUUCAUCAGCUCCCCAUGCCUGACCAAAGUGGAGCUGAGAGUGGCCUGCCGGGGGAUCUCGGACCGCGACGCCCUCUCCAAACCUGACCCUUGCGUGGUGCUGAAGAUGCAGUCGCACGGGCAGUGGUUUGAGGUGGACCGUACAGAGGUGAUUCGUAGCAGUAGCAGCCCAGUCUUUUCCAAGAUCUUCCUGGUGGACUACUACUUUGAGGAGGUGCAGAGGCUCCGCUUUGAACUUCAUGACAUCAGCUCUGGCAACAAUGGCCUGCGUGAUGCGGACUUCCUGGGAGCCAUGGAGUGCACCUUAGGACAGAUCGUCUCACAGAGGAAACUGAUCAAAGCUCUACUCAAACAGGGAAACACUGCUGGAAAGUCGUCCAUAACGGUGACAGCAGAGGAGUUAUCUGGUAAUGACGAUUACGUUGAACUCUCCUUCAGCGCUCGUAAGCUAGACGACAAGGAUUUCUUCAGCAAGUCAGACCCUUUCCUGGAGAUUUUUAGAAUAAAUGAUGACGGGACUGAGUCGCUUGUGCACAGAACUGAGACGAUCAUGAACAACCUGAGCCCAGUUUGGAAAUCCUUCAAAGUUUCUUUGAACACACUCUGCAGUGGUGACCAUGACAGGGAGCUAAAGUGCACAGUUUGGGACUGGGACUCCAAUGGAAAGCAUGACUUUAUUGGGGAGUUCCAGACCACCUUUAAGGAGGUGAGAGCAGAGCAGGAGGGCAAACAGAUUCAAUGGGAGUGCAUCAACCCUAAAUACCAAAUGAAGAAGAAGAAUUACAGAAAUUCUGGUGUUGUCAUUCUCAACCACUGUAAGAUCAUCAAAAUGUAUUCCUUCCUGGAUUACAUCAUGGGAGGCUGCCAAAUUCAGUUCACAGUGGCAAUAGAUUUUACAGCGUCCAAUGGGGAUCCCAGAAACAGCUGCUCCCUCCAUUACAUCCACCCCUACCAGCCCAAUGAGUACCUCAAAGCGCUGGUGGCUGUAGGGGAGAUCUGCCAAGACUAUGACAGUGAUAAAAUGUUCCCUGCCUUUGGUUUUGGAGCACUCAUACCACCUGACUUCAAGGUUUCACAUGAUUUUGCUGUGAACUUUGAUGAGGACAAUCCUGAAUGUGCUGGGAUCCAAGGUGUGGUGGAAGCUUACCAGAAUUGCCUCCCCAAGAUCCAGCUAUAUGGGCCCACCAACAUUGCCCCAAUCAUCCAGAAAGUGGCCUCGUCCGCCUCUGAGGAGAUGCACACCAAAGAGGCCAUGGAAUACUUCAUCCUGCUGAUCCUGACAGACGGCGUCAUCACCGACAUGGCGGACACACGGGAGGCCAUCGUGCACGCCUCCCACCUGCCCAUGUCCGUCAUCAUCGUCGGCGUGGGCAACGCAGACUUCACCGACAUGCAGAUACUAGACGGAGACGACGGGAUCCUGCGUUCACCGAAGGGCGAGCCCGUCCUCCGCGACAUUGUCCAAUUCGUCCCCUUCAAGGACUUCAAACAUGCCUCCCCAGCCGCACUGGCUAAGAGUGUUUUGGCAGAAGUCCCUAACCAGGUGGUGGAUUAUUACAACGCUAAAGGCAUCAAACCCAAGUGUAUGUCGGACUACGAGUCCACAAGGACCUUCAGCCCCUGACAAUGGAAUACAUGCAAACAUACACUCAAAUACACACACACACACACACACACACACACACACACACACACACACACACACACACACACACAUAUAUAUAUCAUAUAUAUAUACUUUAUGUACUGUAUAAUACAUAUACACAUGCAAAAGCACAAGCACAAGCACACACACAAACAAACAUGUACACAUUAGGAUACUACAUACUACAUACGGUAGUCUAGCUCAGAGAAUUAGCUUGUUCUGGUGAAACAAUUUGAACUACUCCAUUGAUGACUAUUGCAUGUUUGGCCACAGUGGCAUCACCUGGGAAAUUAUUACUAUCUACUGUAUAUCUGAAAGAUGUUUAUAGAAAUAAGAGCAGUCUUCUGAACCAGCAUGCAGACUCAGACCAUAGACCACCCAAAGAAAUGACACUUCUACCUUAUUUAGAUAACUAGCAGGUAUAUAGGCCAAAAGAUCUGUGGUUAGAAAAAAUAUGUGAUUGCAUAGUCGGAAAUGCUUAGAAUUAGCAUUGCAAAUGUUAUUUAUGGGAAUGGUAGUGUCCCUGUUAGUGUACUGCAUAAAUGCAUGCAUUAUUCAGCUCCUGCUAAUAUCCAAUCUCCAGUAGCCGCUUGCUAGUUAUGAAAUAAAGUAUCUCUGUCAUUUGAGUGACAUUCAGGGUUGUCUUGGGUGGUUGGGGAUCUUUUCUACGGAUUUUUGUUGGAGAUUUUGCUAAAUGGAAAUGAACAACAGAAUAAUUGUAAUAAUUUCUUAAUAACCUUCUUACAUUAAAGAGUUUUGGGAGGAUAGCAAAGCGUGUGUGGUAGACACUCAUCUGUGAGCUGAAAACUGUUUUUUUUCUGUAUUCUGCAUGUUGAUUAUAAUAAAGACAUUUUGGUUUUCUCA